AUGCACCAAAAAGUAGACUCUGGUUUGUGGAACUUCUAUCCACAGUCCUCUGUGGAACUUCUAGUUCUCAUUUAUGUCGAUGACAUUCUCGUCACAGGUUCCUCUACUACUACCAUUAAUUCUCUGAUUCAUCAGCUUUGUGAUGGUCUCCCUGUUAAGGACCUCGGGCAACUUCAUUUUUUCUUGGGUAUUGAAACUCAUUUUGAGUUUGGUGGUCUCUUUUUCUCUCAACACAAGUAUGUUGUGGAUUUGCUCCAGAAAACAAAUAUGUCCAAUGCUAAGGCUGUUUCCACUCCUAUAUCCUCAGCACAUGCUUUUAAACUCUUUGAUGGUGAUCCAUUUCAUGAUCCCACUCUCUACAGGAGUAUUGUCGGGGCCCUCCAAUAUGUUUUGCUCACAAGGCCUGAUCUCUCUUCACUAUUAACAAAGUUUGUCAGUUUAUGCACCGUUUGA